AUGUUGUUGAUCGCGACUGUAGUGUCACAUCGCCGGAGCGACGGCGACGCCUCGGAGUCGAGCAGCCCGGGCUGCCUGGGCAGCGGCUCCUCCGGGCGCAGGAACAAGGAGCAAGUUCAGUGGACACCGAAGUCUCGGUGGAAGAUGUCGCUGGGGAAGAAGGAAAUCAGGAUAUCGCAGUCACAUGGCGGCCGAGUUGGCCUGCGAAACAUGGGCAACAGUUGCUUCAUGAACGCUGGCCUCCAGGAUGUGCCUGAGCCACAUCGAGCCGAUUAUCGCGUAUUUCCUCACUGGCAAGUACAAGGAGGAGGUCAACACGGGCAACCCCUUCGGCACGAAGGGGAGGCUGGUGGAGGCCUUCGCCAGGCUGCAGGAGGCCCUGUGGCAGGACCCGAGAACUCGAAGACGCAGUCGCCGAAGCAGCUCCACAGGGCCAUGUCCGACUUCGCGCCCCACCUCUUCGAGGGCCGCGAGCAGCAGGAGCCGCCCCGUGGGGCGCGCGGCUGUGCAUAA